AUGCCACCAUCAACAUCCACCACUAAUGGACCUAUUGUAACCAUAUCAUUCCAAGGAGGUGAAUAUACAGGUACAAUUAAUGAACAAAAUGAACCUCAUGGUAAAGGUACAAUAAUUUAUCCCUACACUAAACAUAAAUAUGAAGGUGAAUUUAUUAAUGGUAAAGCUCAUGGUAAAGGUAUUGCAAGUGGUUUAAUUACCAAUGAAAUGAGUUUUAUUAUUAAUAAUGAAUUACGUGAUAUUGGUGAUAAAUAUGUUAUUCCAAUCAAUUCUUAUACUUCUACUACUACUAAUAAUACUGGUGAUAAUUCUAAUACUACUAAUAAUACUCCAUCCAUCAAAUAA